ACCUGGAGACACGGAGAAACCGAUCACCGUACAGUAACAGUAACUCAACCCCAAGCCGACAUUUUACACACCGCGCUGUGUGUGUGUCCAAACAGUUAUCCAGAGGAAACAUGUAGCCAGAUAUUUAUUAUUUUAAUAUAUGGAAGUUGUUGUUUGUAUUGCUUACUUUAAUGCGCAGGACUCCAGGCUGCCGUGUGUGUGUGUAUGUGUGUGUGCGCGCGCGCGUGUAGUGUGCGUGCAGUGUGCGUGCAGUGUGUGUAGUGUGUUUAGUGUGCGUGCAGUGUGUGUAGUGUGCGUGCAGUGUGUGCGUGUAGUGUAGUGUGUUUUUCCGCGCAUGAUACCUAGUAUGCAGAAGAAAGUGUUGUUCUCUCUGGCCGGUGUGCUGAGUUUCGCCUGUGUGCUGAUGGUAGUUGCUGCUAUGGGAGGCAGGAACUGGGUACAGGCGACUGUGCUGUGUAAAACAGGCACUCAGCUGGUUAAUGCGACUGGAUCUGAGCUGGACAAAUUCAUCGGGAACUUAAACUACGGCCUCUUUCAUGGACAAGGACUGAAACAGUGUGGACUGGGGGGAAGACCUUUCUCCUUCUCUUUUUUUCCUGACCUGGUGGAUGUGAUCCCAGCUAGUCUGCAUGUAAGCAUCAUCAUCUUCUGUGCAGUGCUCAUCCUCUUCUCAUCUGUGUGCUCUGCUUUCUUCAUGUACAAUGCCUUUGGAAAUCCAUAUGAGACGCUGCACGGACCUUUAGGCCUUUACCUGUGGAACCUGAUCAGCUGUCUGUGCAGCUGUCUCAUCCUAAUCCUCUAUGCAUCUGAGGUCAAACUGCAUCACCUAUCUGAGAAGAUCACUAACUACAAAGAGGGCACUUUUGUCUACAAGACACACAGUGAGGCGUUCGACCGCACUUUCUGGCUCAUAUUCAUAGUCUUCCUUGUGCAUGGCCUUAACAUCCUUCUGAUCCGCCUAGCGGGCAUCCAGUUUCCCUUCCAGGAGGCCAAAGAGUCAGAUGCCAGCACGGGUGCAGCUGAUCUCAUGUACUGACCAGACCAACUCUAUUGUCCAUUAACCACCCCCUGGAUGUGAUAUCCUACAACGGCUAUUAGCCUCGCGUCUUGCACCAUCUGUUGUUCUGAUUUGUUUACAGCUGAAUAGA